AUGAGGUUGAGAUCUAGGACUCGGUCAGGGAAGGUUUCUGGUGAAGGAAAGGUUGUUCAGAAGGAAAGGGUUUGUGUGAGGAAUGCUAGUGAUAGUUUGGUUUCGUGUGAUGAGGGUUUUGAGGCUUCUACCUCGUUGGUUGAGAAGAAAGACGAGGAUUUAGUUUCAGAGGAUACGGGUUUAGAGGCACCUACCUUUUUGGUUGAGAAGAAAGAAGAGGCAUUAGUUUCCGCGGAAGAGGGUUUAGAGGCACCUACCUUUUUGGUUGAGAAGAAAGAAGAGGCAUUAGUUUCCGCGGAUGAGGGUUUAGAGGCACCUACCUUGUUGAUUGAGAAGAAAAACGAGGAUUUAGAGCCCCCUACUAUGUUGAUUGAGAAGAAAGACAAGGUUGAAUGUGCUGGUGAAGUUGACAGUGCUGGCGAAGUUGAAUGUGCUGUGAAAAAAAAAUUUGACUUGGAUUUAAAUGCGAGUCCAAGUGAAAAUAUUGACUUAGCUGAGAAUGAGAGCUGUUUGGAUUUAAAUGUUAACAUGAGUGGAAAUGUUGACUUAGCUGAGAAUGGGAACAGUAGCCCUAGGAGUUGUUUAAAAGAUGGUGAUAGUAAUGUAGAAGCUGAGGUUGUUAUGGAGGAGAAUGAAGGGUUGAGUGGGGCUCGAGUACUGCGGUCAAUGUCAAAGUGGGGAGAUGACAAAAAAUCUGAUGAUGGAGGGAAUGAGGUUGCUGAGAAUAAUGGAGAACCUGGUGGGUUUGAUGAGGUUAAAGAAGCUGUUGGGGUUCUUACUGAUGGUAACGAGAAUGAAAGAGUUAAGGUGAAAAUGGGAGGGAAGGGCAAGAGGAAAUUGAAACGGAAGCGUGGGAGGCCUCCGAAAACGGAGAUAAAAGAGAAAGAUGACUUAGUUGACCAGCCACCGCGUAAGAAAACAGAGAUGAAAGAGAAAGAUGACUUAGUUGACCAGCCACCGCGUAAGGUUGGGAGGCCUCCAAAAACCGAGAUAAAAGAGAGAGGUGAAUUAGUUGAUCGGCCACCACGUAGGGUUGGGAGGCCUCCAAAAACAGAGAUAAAAGAGAAAGAUGAAUUAGUUGAUCAGCCACCGCGUAGGGUUGGGAGGCCUCCGAAAACAGAGAUAAAAGAGAAAGGUCAAUUAGUUGAUCAGCCACUGAGUAAGCUUGGGAGGCCUCUCAAAGAAGUUAUAAAAGAGGAUGAUCAGUUAGUUCAGUCAACGCGUAAGCGUGGAAGACCUCCCAAGACCGACCAACAAAAGUAUCCCAUGACUGUGUCACAUAAUAGGAAAGGAAAGGCCAGCCAUGAAAAUGGGAAAAAAGUUACCAGUAAACAGUUUAAAAAGAAGAGGACAUCAAAUACUGUGAAUGAACCUGCGGCUAACCGAAUUAAAAGACGUGAACAAAAGCAGUUGGUGAGUAAUCAAAUAAUGGAAUGUCUCUCGGAUGCAGGAUGGACUGUUGACCAUAGACCUAGAAACGGGAGAGAUUAUAUUGAUGCAGUAUAUGUUGCCCUGGAUGGAAAAACACAUUGGUCAAUAACCUUGGCGUACAAGAGGCUUAAAGAGCAUUAUGAAGCGGGGAAUGGUGAAGGUAAGUUGUACAGACCAGGAUUCAAAUUUACACCAAUACCCGAGGAAGAUUUCAAUUUACUGACUAGAAUUGUUACCAAGAAAAGAUGUUCGAAGAAUGGAAAGAAUGUUGAUGGGGUCAGUCGAAAAGAGAAAAAAAUAAAACCAGGUUCUGGUGCAGGCAAGGGUAAGUCAGUGAAAGGGAAAAGGAAAAGGAAACGAUCACUUGCCGAGGAUGGCGAUACAGAUUUUAAAUCACCUAACAGGCUGUCGGUUCUGGCCAAGGAUCGUAAGCGGCACAAAACUCAGAACAAGACACGAGGUGCUCUGUUGGUCCGUGAUGCUACGGAAGAGGUAGAUUCAAAAAUUAACGGAUAUGUGCCAUACAGUGGAAAGCGAACUGUACUUACCUGGAUGAUUGAUUUGGGCACAAUCCUUCAAAAUGGGAAGGUCCAUUAUAUGCAAGACAAGUUGGAAAUUGCUCCACUGGAAGGUAGUAUCACAGGAGAUGGUAUUCACUGUGGCUGCUGUAAUUCAAUCAUAACAGUUUCAGACUUUGGAGUUCAUGCAAGAAGCAAACAAUCUGAUCCUCUUAAAAGUAUAUAUACGGAGGAUGGAACUUCACUCCUACAGUGCCUGCUAGAUUCGUGGAAUAAACAAGAUGAAUCUGAACGUAGAAGUUUUCAUUUUGUUGAUGUUGCGGGUGAAGAUCCUAAUGAUGAUACAUGUGGUAUCUGCGGAGAUGGUGGAGACCUGAUGUGCUGUGAUGGUUGCCCAUCAACCUUCCAUAAAAGCUGCUUGGAUAUAAAAAAGUUUCCAUCUGGUGACUGGCACUGCAUUUACUGUUGUUGCAAAUUUUGUGGGUUGGUUGGUGGAUGUUCAAACCAAAGUGUUGUCAAUGACGAGUUUACUAUGCGUGCAUUGCUCACAUGCCAUUUAUGUGAGGAAAAAUUUCACAAAUCUUGUAUUGAGGCAAAUGGUGGUAAGACUGAUGAUUCCGGGGAUGCAUUAUUUUGCGGAAACAAAUGUCAAGAGUUAUCCGAGGGACUUGAAAGGCUUCUUGGGGUUAAACAUGAAAUCGAAGAUGGGUUUUCUUGGUCUUUUAUUUGGCGAUCAGAUGUUGGCUUUGAUGCUUCUCUGACAAAACCUCAGCUGGUAGAAUGUAAUUCUAAGCUGGCUGUUGCAUUAUCAAUAAUGAAUGAGUGCUUCAUGCCAUUUAUUGAUCAUAGAAGUGGGACCAAUCUGAUCCACAGUAUUGUAUACAACUGUGGGUCAAACUUCAAACGCCUGAACUAUAGUGGAUUUAUUACUGCAAUUCUAGAGAGAGGUGAUGAGAUCAUAUGUGUUGCAUCUAUCAGGAUCCAUGGGAACCAACUUGCAGAGAUGCCAUUCAUCGGAACCCGCUAUAUGUAUAGGCGACAAGGAAUGUGCCGUCGGCUUCUAAAUGCCAUAGAAUGGGCGCUCAAUUCUUUACAUGUUGAGUUAUUAGUCAUACCAGCUAUAUCAGAACUCAAAGAAACCUGGACCUCUGUUUUUGGGUUUGAGCCACUUGAUCAAACAAGCAAGCAAAUAUCAAAGAACAUGAAUCUGUUGGUGUUUCCUCACGUAGAUAUGCUACAGAAGAAGAUAUCAAAGCAUGAAUUUACUAAUGAAAAUUUGAUUCCUACUGAAGUUUCCAAUCAUCAGAAGAAUCACACUACACCCAAGGUAGCAAAACGGGACGGGGAAGACUCAACUGGAUCUGAUUGUUGCAAGAAAAUUGAUAACUCAUUGAAUAACACACCUGAUGUUACUAACGACAGCAUACAGAAUAAUAAAUCUCCAAAAGAUGGCACAUGUCAAGUUGUAUGUCAGAUUGGACAUUACGAUGGUGCAUUGUUGGAGGUUACUGAAAAUUGUCCAAACAAGGUCAAAGUAACAACUGAGGUUGGUUUAAAUAACAUCAGUGCUGAAAAAUCUACACUCUCUGGGGCAGAAAAUAUUCCUAUUGACUCACAAGUUGUGGUCAGGACAAGGGAAUCAAAAUAUUCUGCUGACAGUAACCAUGAUUCACACAAGAUUUUUGGCAGCUGUGAACUGAGAUUUAAGACCGACUGUGCUCAACCUGGCAGUAUUGGAUCAGAAGAAGCAUAUACUCAAUUUGACAAUGUUUGUAGCACUCAUUCUGUACCAGAUGGUGAUAGUGCCGCCGGCGUAGCAAGUCUCCCAACAAACAUCUUGAUGAACAUUGAAUCACAGAAUAUUACCCAAGAUUUGCCUGUUAGUUGUGAAAGCAAUUCAAGUGUUGUUAGUGUGCCAAUUGCUAAUGAAGCAGAAGUAUGUUAUUCCAAGACCAUUGAUCUCCAAACAAACAAAAGUCCUGGAGAUUCUCAAUCCAUACUAUUAUUAUCUUCAGGUAUUUGUGAGAAAAUUGCUGAUGGAGUCAGUGAGACGAAUAAAGCAUCCAGUGAAGCUGAUACCGGUUUUCUUCCUGCUGAUAUUGAUGUAAUACUUGAUGAUAAACCUGGUUCUCAUUCUAGAUCCAAUGGUUGUAGUGUCUCCGACGAAGCAGGUCUCACAACCAAUGUUUUGAUGCAUCUUGAAUCACAGAAUAUUACCAAACAUUUUCCUGUUAAUUGUGAAGAGAAUUCCAAAACAAUUGAUCUCCAGACAAACAAAAUUCCUGGAGAUUGUCAAUCCAUACUAGAAUCUUCAGGUGUUUGUGAGAAAAUUGCAGAUGGUGUCAGUAAGAGGAAUAAAGCACCCAGUGCAGCUGAUGCCAAUGCUCUUCCAAUUCAUCUUGAAGUAGUUCCCAAUAACAUACCUGACAUAAAGGAGUCUUCGGAGCCAGCAGAGCCUGAUUUGCAGGUUGAUCAAACUGAACAGAGUGAAACUAACACUGCUUCAGUUGCGGCUCUGCACUGUACCUCUGCUGGCAGUACUUCAUGUGGUAGUGCUGACGGCUUAGUUCUGUAA